AUGUCGCUGUUGAAAUACGGCAUCAGUCGGGACGCGUCUGAAGUGGUCGAGCUCUUGCUGCAGAGCGGCGCCACCGCGACCUUGGAAACGCGGGAUAACGAUGGCUGGAGACCGCUGCACAUCGCGUGCGUGAACAAGUCGUUGCGCUGUGCUCCUAUCUUGGGCGCCUUCGGAGCCGACCUGAACGCGAAGACGAAUCGCGGCAUCACCGGGCUUCAUAUUUUAGCCGCUCACCGCGACAUGGAAAGGGCCGCGCUUGUUGUCGCAGCUUUCCUCAAGGCCGGCGCACGGCCCGACGAAGAGACCUCCGCCGGGAAGACGCCCCUGUGCUUCGCGCUCCAGCGAAACAAUCACGACCUCGUCAAGAUCCUCCUCCGAGCGGGCGCUAGCGCCGAGAUAGCCAACAUUCACGACCAUCCCCUCCGCCACCUGCUGGACGGCCAACAUAGAGUGCUCGAGUUCUUGUUAGAGAACGGAGCCGAGCCGUCCUUAGAAAGGCCGGAUCAAGACGGUUGGCGUCCGCUGCAUCUCGCAUGCGCUAACCGCACACACUCUUGCGUUCUCGUCUUACUAGCCGCGGGCGCCGACGCGAAUGCGAAGACCAACGAAGGAACGUCCGCGCUUUUUCUUGCAUCUUCUUGCAUCGACAAGAAAAGUGCUGCGUCUGCCGCCAACGAUCUCCUGAAGUACGGUGCACACCCUGAUGAGCCUACCAACGAGGGGAAUACGCCCCUGCUCGCCGCCAUGCUCCGAGACAAUCGCGAACUCGUCAAAGUCCUCCUCCGAGCGGGCGCCGAGCCCCUGUGGCGGCUGAACCCCAACGGCGAGACGGCGCUCCACGUCGCCGCGGCCUGCGGCCACGAGCGCGUCGUCAAGUACCUGCUG